GGACGCGAGCCCGCGCGGAAGGCCCCGCGGAGCGGCCGGCGCUCAGCCGCCACUUUUGCGCCUGGGCGUGUCCGGCCCCGGCCGCUGCACCCGGGCCCCUGGGCGAGUCCAGGACCCCGUGGAGGUGCUUCAUGCCAGCCGCUGUGCCCAGCACCAGCCAGUUCAGCAGUUAGGAGAGCCACCCGCUCCCCGCGGGACCUCAUGGAGUGCAUCACCAAAGCCCUUACCGCUAAUCCUCACUUUAUAAGAACUCCUACUCACCUAAGGGAUUAUGACACACUCCCAGAGGGAUACUGAGGCCGGGCCAUUGGGAACCAAUUGGAACUGUCCAUGGACACGUGGAUUGAAGAAUGCUGAGGACUUAGCCCACAACAAUAGGGCAAGGCGCCCACUCCUGAGGAGGCUUUUGAGAAGCAGGUGGGCAAGAAGACUUCUGUAGAAGUCAGCCAGCUCCCGCCAAGUGCUCGUUCAGAAUGAAUGAAGAGGAUGUGCAGCAGGAAUGGAUGAUUCUGUCAGCACCAUCAUUGUUGGACAUUCUGAAUACCUUGUUUACCAUCGUGGUAUCUCUCACUGAGGAACCCAUUCUACAGAAUAAGAAGUGAGGCAGUACACUGACUACCAUAGAAUUCAAUGGUUUUAUUAUGAACCUCGUUGCCCAAAAGCUGGCCUUAUAGGACAGUGGGCUGGAGCAGUGAAGACUCAGUUACAGCCCCAGGUAGGAGACAACACUCAGCAAGCUGCGUGUACUGUCCUUCAAGUGCAGUAAAUGCUCCAAACCAAGUUGCAUGAAACCAGGAAACAGUAGAAGGGAAACUGAAAGUGUUGUCUCCCACAUGUAAGCCUUACCACACAUUUUCGAAAUCAGUGCUUCCUGCUCCUAUGACAUCAUCGGCUCUGUUUCCCCUGGAGGACAUAUCAUUCCUCAAACAGAAACUUGAAACUGCAUCUGGAUAUUGCAGACUAGACUGUGAGUCCUUGCUGCGGGACAGGGUGCUGCCUGGAGAUACCGAGCCUGCAGAUCUCCCGCUGUGGUGCACAGAUGACGGGUCUUCGGAUGCCACGUUGAGCCUUGUCUUAAGCUUGUGUGCACUGAGCCCCGUGCGAUGUUAACCCCAUGAUCACAGCGCUGCUUUUCUCUGAGCCCACUAGAGGACCGAUUUAUUUGAAACGUCACCUAACUUCCAACCUUCUUAAUAGCUUGUCUGCUCUUGUUUCUCCCCUGCAGGAUGGUCCGCACUUUGGAACCACUGGCAAAGAAGAUCUUUAAAGGAGUUUUAGUAGCUGAAUUUCUGGGCGUUGCUGGAGCAUAUGUUUUGUUUAAUAAGAUGGACACAAGCCAAGAUUUUAGGCAAACAAUGAGCAAGAAAUUUCCCUUCAUCUUGGAAGUUUAUUACAAAUCCAUUGAAUGUUCUGGAAUGUAUGGAGUGAGACAGCAAGAUCAAGAAAAAUGGUUGAACAACAAAAGUUAGGACCAGUCAUCACGUUCCGCCUCCCACCUAAGCUGUUUGAGACCUUUGGGGGAGAAUAAAGAUGAGCACACCCCACUGUAGACUUUUGGAGGCCCCACAGAACAUCCUACUGAGUAACAGGAGCUUCUGGUCUGCCAGCGUCUACAGUUGUCUCCCAACCACAAUGUAAAUCCCCUGCUUAUUUGUUACUUCCCUUCUAUAUUUAAUGUCAAAGAUUACCAUUUUAUUUAUAAAAGACCAGGUCAGGGAAGGAAUAAAUGCUCUCAAGAGUUUAUUUCCCCUGAACCCCUUUUACUGGCAAAAAACAGAAGCCAGUAACUAUGAAUAUCAGAAAAAAUUAAAAUGUCUAAAAACCAUUUAUAAAGUCACUUAGCAGAAAAAUUCAAGUUACUUACUUGCAUUAUCUUUGUUAGCCAUGGCAUUCAUGCCAAUGUUGUCAAACUUGGAUCCCAUAUUUUCAUCCAAUAGGUGGCCAAACUUAAAAAAAAGAAAGGGUGGGGGAAUACAUUUAUCAGAAAACUUAAAACAAUGUUGAAUAGCUAACUUCUCAAAGUAGUACAUUACCCUUUACCUCUUCAGCAGAUACAAAUAGGUUGGAGUCACUGAGAGUUCUUUUCUUUUUUUUCCUGGGUCCUAAAAGAAGUAUAAACCUAGAUUAUUAAAUUGUAAAUUCCAAUGAUUUUGGAAAAAUAGAAAUCUUUCAACACGACUUUGUUAAAAAAAAUUUAUAUUGGGGAUAAAGUACAAAAUUUGCAAUUAUUUUCUAACACCAUUAGGUAGCUGGUACUUAGAAAUGUAUUUAAGAAAAAGUAUCCUAAUAGAAUUGUUCAGAUGAUUUUAUGUUUUCUUGCCUUUCAGAUUUGGCCACUGAUCACAGUUUAUCCUAUUUCAUUGUAUCAGGCACGAUUAAAUUUCCAAAGUUGACAUGGAUAGAUUUUGGAAUACUUAAGGCAAAAUGUAAAUUCUAAUUAAGCCAGAGGUUUUAUUCUUUGGACUGUGAAGAAAUUUAUGGAAGGUAUGUUUAUUAUGUUAUAAAUAAAGUUUUAUUUACACCACUCAAAA